UGUCCGACUGGCUGGACUUGGUUGACCAAGCGCUAGUAGUAGGGUUAACAGAUACGGUAAAAUUCCAACGGAUUAUGAAAUACGUACUUCAUGGGCACCAUCAAGAGGUGCAGAAAGUGGUUGAUGAUGCCAAUGGUGAUUGGGCCAGGUUUAGAGAAGGGAUGCAAAGGAAGUACAGGCUGGGUGACGGCCUGCUAACCACGACAGACUUGGAGGCCAUGAACAAGGAUGAUUUUACCACUAUUGGGGCAUUCGUGCAGGAAUUUAAGAAAAGGGCGAGGAAAGUGCAUGGGAUGUUAGAGGAGGCACAAUGCGCCAUCUUUUUGGGGCUGCUCAAUGCAUCGGAGGCUUCAGAGUUGACAAGCCAUGGGGGAGGGAGCGCGAAGCUCACUUGGGCUACCAUCGACAAAGGGGUGGAGGAUGGAAGCCUAGACCAGGUGGAGCAACACCAGGUGCGGUUGCAAAGGAAGAAGAGGAAGGAAGGGGAUGCCACGACAUGUGGGACCCCAGGAGUGAAAAAGAUUGUCACCGACGUGCUAGCAAAAUUGGACGCGGUGAUACAAAGGAAGGUGGUGACAACGGUCCAAGGAAAGACAAAGGAGGCCGUGGUAGAGGAAGCUACAAGAAGGAUGGGAGGAAGAGGAGUCGGUACCCCAACACCUCUCAAAGGCGCAACGCUCAACCCACGACACCACCACCGCCAUCUGCACAAAGUUUCACAAGGUAGUGUGGCGGGUGGAGGGAAUCAAGGCCAAGGGAAUCAAGGAAAUGGAGGGAGGGGUGGUGGAAGAGGACGCGGCAGGAAUGGUGGUGGCCGAGGUGGCCAAUGGGAUAACCAAGGUUACCAGGGCCAGGGGAGUCAAGGUAGCCAAGGUAAUCAAGGGAGCCAAGGAGGCGGAAGAACCCGCUUUGAUUGGAGGACCGCCAUAUGUCAGCAUUGCGACAAGCAAGGACAUACUAUACGGUUCUGCAACACAAGGCGGGAAAACGAGAGAGUGGAACUGAUCUACUCUAACAUUGAUGGGGACAUAUACGAUCAGUUCGGAGAGUACAUCGACAGGAAGGUUCCUGGCGGAGUAAGGGCGGAGGCCCAGCGGAGAGUGGCGGCACGGCAAGCACCUCCUGCCAGGUUCAGGUUAUGGCAGGAGAGAGAGGAUCCACCAAUUGGAGUGGAAGAGGUGGGGAGUGAUGAGGAAGUGACCCAGAGGCUGCGGGCAGGGGUUAUAAGAGAAGAGUCCAUAGUCAUCGAGUCGGAAGAUGAGAGUGAGGAGAAAAAGGUAGAGCCCGCGGCGGUCCUGCUGGGGAAGAUGGAAGAUCUGCUGGACAAAGUGGGGAGAUACCAACGGAAGUUGGUAGGGUUCUGCGAAGAAGUGAAAGAGUGGAGGGUGAAUCUCCCCAAGGUCUUCCUCUAUGAUUCUGGCCCAGAGUCCAUGCCAGGACGACCUGGGGUGGCCAUCGUGGGGUCAGGCCCUCGGUCAGGAAUGAUGACUAGGCCUCCUACACCGCAAGGAAGGCUGGGGCAGGCAGCCCGUACUCGAGGUCAGGCUAAGGCCAGUGCGAGUCAAGAGUCUCCUCGAAAGAAACCUGACCCAGGAAAGAGGAAGGAAACGGUGGAGGUGGAGGAUGAUGACGAAGAUGAAGAGGAGGAUGACAGGCUGCGUCAAGAAGAAGAUCAAAGGGCGGAACAAAGGGCCAGAAAGAGGGAAAGCCGAGAGGAAGCUAAAGCGGUCUUGCGCGAUGUACCGCCCAAGAAAAAGAAGUAUGCAGUCCGGUUAGAGGAAGGGUUCGAUGUGGAGAGAGUGAUCGACGGGCUACUUGAAGGCCAUAAUGACCUUAUGACCCUCAAGGAAAUUUUGGCAUCCGCCCCGAGGCUCCGCAAUGAGCUGAAAGGUAGUAUGUCGAGGCGGUUGGUGUCGAAUGUCCACCUCAGUGUGAUUCUGCCAAAGGAGAUGGAAUGGUCAGAACCCGGGACGAAAAUGGACUGGAAGUGUGUGGCGUGCGGCAUGGUGGACCUAGUAGUAAGAGGGUCCAAGUGCGCAGCAAUGGUGGAUACGGGGGCCGAGAUGAAUAUUAUCCGAGUAGCUGACGCUAUCAGGUCUGACUUUGCGAAGACAGCCAUGCCAAGAGGAGGGAGGGGGACACGGCCGCCGCGGAGGCCGUUGGGAGCAUCAGGAGGAUAUAAGCGGCAUGGGUCUUACCACCGAGAGAGCACGCCAGUGUACGAUGACGGGGAUAUUGAGUUGUUUCUGGACGAGUUCUGGGGGUACGCUGAUCAUAUGGGCUGGACCAUGACCCAGGCGAUCGGGAGGUUGAGAGGAGUUGGCAGAUUCGCAGAGCCCAUCGCACAGAUCCGUAGGGAGGCGAGGACGAGGUCAGAGGGCUUAACAGCUCCAGACAAGUCGGAAGUCGAGACCUCGCAAAAAGAGGAUGAGUAUUUGGACCGAAGGAUCCGCUCCCUAUCCAAGACGUCCUUCGACAGGUAUAUGAUGUUGGAGGCUGAUCUGAGGGGGAAAGAGAUGAGGGAGACAAGCCAUGGAGUGCAUUUGGAGGUCGUCGAGGUUGAGGUCCGUGAGCUCAAAGCAUUGGUGGCUAGUCUGGCCGCCAUCAUUCGGGAUUUGAGGCAGCCGCUUCGAGGCGGCAUGGAUGGGGCAGAAAGCAGCAGGCAGGGAGAGCAGAGGCAACCAGGAGGUGGCGUACCAGAGCAACCGCCCGCAGCUGAACCUCAGCAAGGAGCACCCAUGGGGAGAGUCAUUUUGGAACCUGAGGAGGCAAAGGCCAAGAGGGAGGCGGAGAGAGAGGCGGAGAGAGAGGCCUUUGAGUUCAGGACCCCUACUGAACUCGCUAUCCUGCCUACGGUGACAGCGGGCCCUACCAUGCCACCCUCAGUUGAGAAGGGACUGCCGGCAGCCAACGGCGAGCCAAUCAAGGGCUCAAAAGAGGGGUCUAUGGAUGUGCUGCUUGAGGCGGUUCACACUAUGCAGGAGGGCGCGAGCUUAUGUUCACAUCCGAGGAUAGAGGAGCCUCCUGAGAGCGAGAUGGGGGUUGCAAUGGAGGACGUCAUCGAGGGCAUGCCCCAGAGAUUGGAUACGCCUGAGUAUAGGCCGGAGGAGAUUGGGCUACGACUGGGAACUCGUACUCAGGAGCUGGAAGCCGGAUCUGAGGAACCCAUGGACUUACCCCAGAGUUAUGAGUUGAGCAGGGAGGCCAGUGAGGCACCGUCAUCAUCAUGGUCUCAGCGGAGGAAGGAAAGGCCUAAAAAGUCAUUCGAUUCGACCUGUUUCUUCUGUAAGAAGAGAGAGCAUAGGGCUCUGCAGUGCCCUAAGUUCUUAAAGGAUCUGGCUGAGGGAAAGGUCUCUGAAAGUGGUGGAAGAAUGUAUGAUAGACAGGGUAGGAUAGUAGAGCGAUCUUCCGAUGGAGGUAGAGCUCAGUUGUAUAGGCAAAACCAGGAGGAGAUGAGUGAGUAGGGACUGGUUCGUCUAAGUAGGGUAGACACCACU